CAAAUACUGGUACCUAACUUCCAGCCCUAACCUACUUGCUGCUUCCCUCCCAUUCCAUGGGUAUCUUCUCCCUCACUCUCAUUCACCCGCUCUAAUAAUGGUGUUUUGUUUCAUUUCCAUCACUCCUUUCUCAAUUCUCGGGGACCUACUCACCUUGCCCCUUAUCAGCACCGGAUAUACAUAAAAUUUGGUAGUGAUUUCAUUGAAUUUCUUUAAAGAAAAGGAAGGCUGAAGCUACUCCUACAUCAAUUAUUAAGCCCCUUUUUAGUUGGUAAUUGAAUCUCUUGCCCUUCCUUUUAGCUCCUCUUUCUCAAUCCAAUCCCAUUCUAUCAAAAUAAUAAUGAAGCAGAAAGGGUAAAGUCCACCACACUCUCUAUAUCUAUAUCUCACAGUCGGUCUCACUCCAAACAAGAUAAGAGAAUAAAAAAUCAUUUCUUUUCUCCAUUUAACAUUUUCCAUUUCCGAAGGUUGCGUUGUGUUUUCUGAUUGCAUAAUUGAGUGAGGCCCCAACUAGAUCCUUUGGUUCCCUUUUAAUAUUGGCAAAACUACAAAGAAAAAAGUUUUGAUCUUGGGUUGUCUCUUUCUACGUUUUCUGCUUCCAUAAGCAAGUCUCCUCCCAAGCUACUUAUUUCACUGCCAUGUGAACAGGGGGAAAUUUUAAGGGGAAAAGCUUGAAUCUUGCCGAGAAAAUGUCAUAUGGGUAGUUGUUGCCCUGAUCUUUCAGUGACACCUUGUUCCUCCGUCUGGGUAAUUGUUUAUUCAACUCUGUUCUUCAUUUUUGGCGUUUUGAGAUGAUUGUGUUUAUGGUUUCCCGCAGCAGCUGUAGUUUCCAGAAUGGCCUCGGAAACAGACAAGCCUCUCCUUCCUUAAUUUUGCUGUGAGAUAAAAAAGGGUAAUAAUGAUAGAUGACUAGAUGAGAAGCUCUCUGAUUAAUUGAAAAAUAAUAUUUAAGAAAAACACAUGUGUGGGGGGAGGACAGUGAGUAAGUUUGGCUUCUGGUCUCAUGGAUGUGAAACACAAGCACAUGCGCCCCCCCAUCUCACACCUUUUUUUUCUUUCAGUCUCUCGCUUAGCUUCUUCUGUUUGUCUUCAUUGAUGAAAAAAUGCUUCUUCUUAUCCCUUUCCUCGAUUGUGAUUUCAUGGGUUCCCCCGUUGCUAGUUAAAAGACCUUAGUUGCAAAGUUUGGAUCUUGGAAGAGGAGUAGCUCUGAGGUGAAUUCAGCUUCUGAGUUUUGGAGGGUGGGCGACAACAAUGGGCGAAUCCAUAGUUGCUGCCUCGUGGAACGAUGGAGAUAAGACAGCUACGGGUGCCUCAAAUUCUGGUCUGGAAGUGUCGGUUUCUUUUGGGAGAUUUGAGAAUGAUUCAUUGUCUUGGGAGAAAUGGUCGACCUUCUCUCCAAACAAGUAUUUGGAGGAAGUUGAGAAGUGUGCUACCCCUGGAUCUGUAGCUCAGAAGAAGGCUUACUUUGAAGCCCAUUACAAGAGGAUAGCUGCCAGAAAGGCUGAAUUGUUGGAUCAGGAGAGACAGCUGGAGCAACAGAGGGAAACGGAGCAGCAGCAAACCUUGAGGUCAGGUGAUCGGGAUGGUGGAGAUCUAGUGGAAAGUGGUUGUGUGGUGGGCCAUGAAUCUUUUGGUGGUAAUUCUGAUCCAGGAUUUAGGGCAGAGACGGUUAAAGAAAAUGAGGAGUAUGAUUAUGAUGAGCAUGGUGAAGGUCCUCCAAUGGGCACUGAAACUCUAGUCACCUCAGUUAAAGAAGUAAGGGAAGCGGAAGGACUUAAUGGAAGCACCGAAAGCUCUGAAGUAUACAAGCAGGAACCAGCUGCUUCAGUUGAGGAACCAGAAAUUCAACCAAUUGAGUCUCAAGAAGCGGAGGAGGAAAAGAGCAUGGUGGCAGCAGCAGCAAUGGGAGAGCAAAAUGCGAAGUUGGAUCAUAAGGCUGAAAGUACUCCUUUAGUAAAGCAGCAAAAGGCGAAGUUGCAUCAUCAGAAAAAGCCACCGGCAAAGGUCACUCCGAUGAGCAAGGUUAAGGAGACUCCAAUCGUGAAGAAGAAACAGGCAUCGCCUGCAAAUCCAAGGCCCCAAAGCUCUACUCCAAGAGUAACGAAGCCAGUGUCAGCUACUGGUCCUGUGCCUUCUUCACGGUCUUCCACAAAGAAGGGCAAUGUGACUUCAGUACCAAAGAGCAAAAGUCCACUUACAGUUGAAAAGAAGAGAGUGGCUCCUAAAUCCUUGCAUAUGUCUAUUAGUGUGGAUACUCCAAAAUCUGAUCCACCACCUCGUGCGUCUGCUCUUGCUUCGACGGCAAGAAAGUCAUUGAUUAUGGAAAGAAUGGGUGAUAAGGACAUCGUGAAACGGGCAUUCAAGACAUUCCAAAACAGUUACAGCAAAUCGUCUCUACCUCAGGAAAUGACUUCGGGAGCUAAGCAGGUUGCAUCAACCAGGUCAGAGGUUAAAGUUUCCAAUUCUACAACAGCGCGGAGAGAGAAUGGAGGUUCUUACAAGGCGGGCGAUGCAGAUAAAAGAUAUGCCAAGGCAGCUCCAUCUUUUGCCUUGAAAAGUGAUGAAAGGGCAGAGAGAAGAAAGGAGUUCUUGAGGAGACUGGAAGAGAAAUCUAGUGCUAAAGAGGCAGAGAGUGCACAUCUUCGUACGAAAUCCAAGGAGGAGAAAGAGGCAGAGAUAAAGAAACUGAGGCAAAGCCUAGCCUUCAAGGCCACACCAAUGCCAGGCUUCUACAAGGGGCAGAAAGCGAUGAAAGGCUCAUUCGAUAAGGAGGGUUCAAAAACACUCAAGAUAUAGAUAGCAAGCCACGCUUAACGUUGGAAGAAGUACAAAACGAGAUCUAAUUUCUCCAAAAACAAUGCUUCGCAAGGGAAGCUGUCCAUCCUACUAUGGAGAGCUUGCAGGCUGCUGCAGCUGUAUUUAGCUGAAGGAACCCAUGAUCGACUGGAGUACUCAUCAUCUGCUGUUAAGAGAGAUUGGCUACUCUGCCUGAUUGCAGGCCCCCCAAUAUUCAGUCUUUUCAUAAUUUACUUAUAGAGCGAAUAGUAAAUGUGUACAUCAGAACUUGCCACGAGACAGAGAUAGACCCCAGUAUAGUAGCAGUAAGUAGUGGUGGUAGACGUUGAAGGGGGUAUCUAGAAUGAAUGGAAUGAACAUUUGUCAAUAAUGUGACACAAGAACACAGAAGUUGGAAAUCUGGAAACGUCUUCUCAGCUCUUUGUUCUGUCAUGUUCUGCGUUUCUUUCUCAGACGUCGGUUUAUAGAGUUGAGAUGAAUGCAUAUACGGAUGAAAGUUGGUGGCUUUCCAAGAUGCAAAUGAGGCAUGCCUGUAUGUAAGAAUUAUGAUCUAGGAAUCAACAGCUAGGGUUCCAAGAUUUGAGAGCAGAAGGAGAAUUGGGAAUUGAAGAGGAUUGAGAGCUGGUGAUUGAGGAAGGAGGAGAACUCGGCUCAAAGAGGGGAAAGCUGGCGGUAGAGAGAGGGAGGGGGAAAUUCGGUUAGGGUAAGAGGAGAGACAGACUAGGUUUACAGAAUUUUGUUCGGUAAUCACUUAUAGGUAUAAUAUCAUUAAUACGAUAUUUUAUCAAAUAUUUCCUUCUACUAUUUUUUUUAUAUCAAACAUGCCUUUGUGCUUUGACAAAAUUAUCAAACAUACCCUUCUGCUAAAAUUUUCAUACAAAAAAUAGUCAAUCAUGGUUGAACCGAGAUUUAGACGACCCGACAUCGACAAAUGGGAGGGAAGAUAUCAGUUUUGUCCCCCGUUUUAUUUCUCUAGGUCUCUUCAAAGUGAAACUAUUUGAAUUAUUUAGCUAUACAAAAGAACCACAAAAAUUUUAAAAUCAAAUAAUUAGGGAUAUUUUAGACAUUUGUGUCGCCCAAACCAAAGUUCGGCGUUGGUUAACGGUUUUUGGAUGACAAUUUUAACAAAAGUGCAUAUUUGAUAAUUUUUACAAAGUACAGGGGCAUGUUUGACAUAAAAAAUAGUAAAUGGGCAUGUUUGAUAAACGAUCAUAGUAGAGCGGCAUAUUAUACCUAUAACCCAUGAAUAAUCCCAGUAAUUAUAGAGUCCGAUAAAUUUAUCUUUUAAUG